AUGGCGGGGGGUGGUCUAGCGGCCUGCGGGGGAGGGGCAGCGGGUGGUCACCGGGCGCGGGAGGGGCACCGGGCCCACCCCCAUCCCUCCCCUCCGCCCUCACCGGCCGCUCCCGCCUCCCGCUCGCGCCGCUCCAUUGGCGCUGACGCAGCGUCCGGGACGCGCCGCCGCCGCGAUGGCGCCCCCUGGCGGCGCGGAGGACCGGCGGCACGAGCCGGGCGGUCACGUGGCUCUGGGGCGUGGCUGCCGCCGAGGGGGCGUGGCCGGGGGCGGCCCGGCAACACCUUAAAGAGCAACAUCACUUCCGGUUCCCACUUCCGGGUGCUGCCGCCGUCGCCGCCGGUAACGGCUCCGGGCCGGCCCCACCAUGUUCCUCCUCCUCCCGCCGCCGCCGCCCCCAUGAGCCGCAAGAAAAGCGGCUUCGCCAUCACCAGCGUCCGCGGCGGCAGCGGGAACGCGCCCGGCGAUGCCUCCGGCGCCGCCACCGGUUCUUCGCCUUCCUCCUCCGGCAGCCCCAGCGGGUCCCGGUUCCGCCUCGUCCGCUUGCUGGCGCCCGGGGAGGUGCUGCGGCGGGGCCGCUGGCUGUGCCGCGAUUUCUACGAGCGGGACGCGUCCCCGCGGGGCGGCGGGGGGCGGCUGCCGGUGUCGCUGGACGCGCCCCGCGCCGGGCCCGCCCCGCACCAGCCCCGCUCCCUCGGUGCCUUCGCGCAGCUCGUGCAGCAGGCGCUGCCCCCCAAACCCCCCUCGCCACGCCCAGGGGGCGGGGCCGAGCUGAGCGCGCGCCUGGGAUUGGCUGGCGAGGAGAGCGAGGACGAGGGCACCGGGAGCGGCGCCAGCGCCAUCGACAACAAGAUUGAGAGGGCCAUGGACCUGGUGAAGUCCCACCUGCUGCUGGCGGUGCGGGAGGAGGUGGAGGCGCUGCGGGAGCAGAUCCGGGAGCUGAGCGAGCGGCGGGCGGCGCUGGAGAGGGAGAACCUCCUGCUGCGGGCACUCGCCACCCCACAGCAGCUGGCCCGCCUGCUGUCCCUGAAGCCCCCCGGGCCGCCCCCCGCGCCGCCCUGAGCCCGGGGGUCGCACGAGAGUCUCAGGGGCGGGCAGGGGGCUCCACGCUCGCUGCACCACUGCUGCUUCACUGCGAGGGAGGGAGGGAGUGCCGCUCAGCUCUCUCACCCUUCCUGCGCUAUUUGGGGCCUUUUUUAAUAAACCCGCGAUUUUUACAGCA